CUUAAUUUCUUCCACUAUGCCUUCCCUCUCAGAAGCCUUUCAAGCUCACCCCGUGCACCUUCACCACAAGCACCCUGACUUCAACUCUCUACAAGAACUCCCUGAUUCUUAUGCUUGGACGACACAACUCGAUGAUCACACUUACCCUUCAUAUUCUAGCCAGGGUGAGACCAUACCCGUUAUCGAUCUCAAUGACCCAAAUGCUUCAAAGCUCAUAGGCCAUGCAUGCAAAACUUGGGGUGUCUUUCAAGUGGUAAACCAUGGCAUCCCCAUAAGUCUCUUCAGUGACAUUCAGCGAGCUGGUCAAACCCUAUUCUCACUUCCUCUUCAUCAGAAACUCAAAGCAGCUCGUACCCCUGACGGUGUUUCUGGCUAUGGUCGUGCACGCAUCUCCUCUUUCUUCCCCAAACUCAUGUGGUCUGAAUGCUUCACCAUUGUUGGGUCUCCUCUUGACCAUUUCCUCCAACUCUGGCCCCAAGACUACGGCAAAUACUGUGAUAUUGUUGUGCAAUAUGAAGAAGCUAUGGAAAAGCUAGCAGGGAAGCUAAUGAGGCUCGUGUUGACUUCCUUGGGUAUUUCAAAGGAUGACCUCAAAUGGGCUGGCCCAAGAGGUGAAUUCAACGGGGCUUGUGCGGCCUUGCAUUUGAAUUCAUACCCGAGUUGUCCCGAUCCGGAUCGGGCCAUGGGUCUUGCCCCGCACACAGACUCCACUCUCCUCACAAUCCUGUACCAAAACAAUAUCAGUGGGUUGCAGGCUCUUAGGGAAGGUGUAGGGUGGGUCACAGUGCCACCCAUACCCGAAGGGCUAGUGAUCAACGUGGGUGAUCUCCUCCACAUUUUGUCAAACGGGUUGUACCCGAGUGUGCUCCAUCGGGUCUUAGUGAACCGCACCCGACAACGGUUCUCGGUUGCCUAUCUAUAUGGGCCCCCAGGAAAUGUUCAAAUAUGCCCACAUAUAAAAUUAGUGGGCCCAAGUAGGCCCGCUCUUUAUCGGUCAGUGACUUGGAACGAGUACCUUGGCAACAAAGCAAAGUAUUUCAACAAGGCACUCUCAUCGGUUCAGCUUUGUGCAUCCAUCAAUAGUUUGUUUGAUUUGAUGUAAACGAGUCUCA